AUGAAUGACUUCAGGAAACUUCGUAUGUUCCUCAUCUACGUUUCCUGCUUAAUUGUCUUCGAAUGCACAUCUGGAUUCAGCAUCAGCUCGUCUUCGUCUAAUCGAGGAGCGCUCGGUUUUGGCAUGAGAAUAAAUCAUCUUCAUGCACCAUCGAGAAGCAUAAGCAAAUUGAAUUCCGUGGCAGUCCCAAUCUCGGAAUUGGAGAAAGACUUGACCCCAUCGGAACGAUCCAUCACAUCCGUGGUCCGAAAAUGUGGCUCGGCAGUGGCCUAUGUGGAAUCGGUGUCGGGACCAACUAAUACUAGAAAAAACGGUACCCUUCCAUCUGGAGGGCGAUCGUUGGGAUCUGGAUCUGGUUUUCAGCUCUCGACUGAUGGAUAUGUUUGUACCAACUACCACGUCAUUGAGCGAGCCUACACCAUUCAGCAAGCCUUAUCCAAUUUCAAUACCAUUGUGGAUCAAAUCGCUGGGAAUGCUACACUCCUAUUUCCCGAGACGAUUGUGAAUUCGAUUCAGUCCAACCUGAAGGACGCCUUUGCAAAUUCGGAUGAACUACAGCAAUUAUCAGCGACGGUGUACGUCCGAAUCAAUAGCGACACCCAGUACAAACAAUGUCGCAUCGUCAACGUCAUGCCGGAUUUGGACUUGGCUGUUCUCAAGAUUCAAGACGACAGCGACGACAACAAUGAUGACGACUCGAAAAGUAGCAAAACAACAACUACAACGGAAGGUGGCAUUGUUUCCUUUGGAUGCUCCUCCAAUUUACUGGUUGGACAAUCAGUGGUUGCGAUUGGAAAUCCUUUUGGUUUGGACAAGACGGUCACGACGGGGGUCGUCUCGGCGGUCAAUCGGGAAUUCCGAGCGGGUACCGCACGGACUCCGGCCAAUGCUCCCAUUCGGAACUGCAUCCAAACGGAUGCGGCCAUUAAUCCAGGCAAUUCGGGUGGCCCAUUAUUAAAUCUAAAGGGAGAAGUGGUAGGAAUCAAUACAGCGAUCAUCACAACUUCCGGGAGCAAUGCUGGUAUUGGAUUUGCGGUGCCUGCGGAUCAGCUGAAACCGGUGGUGGAGGAGAUUAUCCGAGCGGAUCGUGUGGCCAAGGGGUUUAAGAAAGAUCGUGGAUACUUGGGCAUUUCGGUACUAAAGCAAACAAUAGGCGACGGUGGUGAGGGCGAUAAGUCUGCUACAAGAGUGUAUUGCAAUGUCAUUACAUCUGUGGAUCCGGGCUCGCCAGCAGAACAAGCUGGCUUAAUGCCAAUCAAGGUUCGGCCAAAUGGUACUGUCGAAUACGGCGAUUGCAUCCUUGCAGUGUCGGGAAAGGAAGUCUCUUCGUUGCAAGAACUUCAAAAUGAACUAGACAGUCGUGUCCGUGGUGAGAAGAUCUCGUUGACGGUACAAGACUGGUUCGGGGAGAAACGUGUGGUCUAUGUCACACUUGGAAAACGAAGAUAG